AUGUGGAGACUAAGUCUCAAGAUGGGCUUGGUGGCCCCGGGGUACCAAGCUGGUCGGGCGGCAAGGUACCAACUUGAUGAGAUUCUAAAAGCUAAAUGUGGAGACCGAAUCGGCACGACUGGCUUGGUAGUAGGGUUUGACAUGAUUGGCUUGGUAGUAGGGGGUAUCAAGUCGAUGAGCCAACAAAAUCAAGAGCAAGACAAUAGCAACAAAACUAAGUGUGGAGUCUUGGAGGUUACCAAAUAUGUUGUCGAGACUUCAUCAUGGAGGCAAGGCAAAGAGCUUCAACCCCGUCCAGUCAAGACAAGGCGACAAGACCAAAACCAACCCGGUGGUUGGAGAAGCUGA